AUGACAGAACAUGGAAAAGUCAUAGCUGCUUAUUUUGCUGCUUGGUCAAUAUAUGCACGAAAAUUUUUUGUACAAGACAUAGACUAUGAUAAACUUACUCAUAUACUGUAUGCAUUUGCAAAUAUUAAAAACGAUGGUGAAGUAUUUUUGGGUGAUCCAUGGUCUGACACUGAUAUUCAUUUUGAUGGUGAUUCAUGGAAUGACAAUGUAAAGAAUUUGUAUGGAAAUUUCAAACAAUUGUACCUGUUGAAAAAGAAGAAUAGACAUCUUAAAGUUAGUUUGUCAAUUGGUGGCUGGACUUGGUCCACUAAUUUUUCAGCCGUUGCUUCUUCACAUAAUUCUAGAGAAAAAUUCGUUGAUUCUGCAAUCAAAUUAAUGAAUGAUUUGGGUUUAGAUGGAUUAGAUAUUGAUUGGGAAUAUCCGAAAAAUGAGGAAGAUGCCAAUAACUAUGUAAUAUUACUUAAGGAUCUCAGGGAAGCAUUAGACCAAUAUGCUGAAUCAAAACAUGAAAUUCAUCAUUAUCUCUUGACAACUGCUGUACCAUGUGGAGAAGACAAUUAUAAAAUAAUGAAAUUGAGGGAAAUGGAAAAAUACAUUGACAUAUUUUAUCUUAUGGCAUAUGAUUUCCAAGGAUCGUGGUCAAGUGUUGCGGGUCAUCAAUCAAAUCUAUACGGUGAGGAACUCUCCACUGACAAAGCAGUGAUGUAUUACUUGCAUCAAGGAAUUCCUGGUCACAAAAUUGUCAUUGGUAUGCCUAUGUAUGGUCGUGCAUUUCAAAAUACAAAUGGGUUAGGUUCAUCAUUUAAUGGAAUUGGUGAAGGAACAUGGGAGGCAGGUGUCUAUGACUAUAAAAAACUUCCUAAAGAAGGUGCAAUUGAACACUUUGAUGAUAGGUCUAUAGCAAGUUAUAGUUAUUCACCAAGUCACCAUGAAUUGAUCACCUAUGACACACCAAAAGUUAUCACACACAAAACUAAAUAUAUUAAAGAUAAAUGUCUACGUGGUGUAAUGUUCUGGGAAUUAAGUUCUGAUCAUCCAACUAGUAAUGAUCGUUCUUUAUUAUUAGCAUCUUUUAAUGGAUUGGGUGGUAAAUGUGAAUUGGAUAAAUGUCCGAAUCAUUUAUCUUAUCCUACAAGCAUUUAUGAAAAUGGUGACACUUCUUCUGAUUCCGAUACCAAUCCUGAUACUAAUACUGAACCCGAACCUAAAUCUCAGCCUAAGAAUAACGAUCUUUCGAAGGAAGUGCACAGAGAGCAUUAUAAUCCUUUUGAUACCCAACUCGCGGAAAUAGAUUCGAUGUUAGCAGAAAUGUGA